AUGUCAGGCUCCUGGGGCUCCUGGGAAGAAUCCGAUUACGCGUCCUUUUUGCUAUGGGAUAUCGACCGCGAAUUCCAGAACGCAUACGAAGCCUACGAGCAAUGGCUGGCGAGGAAUCGCCGGAGACGUUCGGCAUGGCAGUGCAUAACUGGCAGCACCCAGGAGGAUGCUUUAGGAAAAGCAUUGAGCCUGGGGCGCCAUGUGCAAAAGCUCAUUGAUGACGGAAAAGAAGCAUUUGGAUCGCGCUUCGAAAGAGGUGAUUCAAGCUGCCACACUAUCCUCUCAGCGCAACUCCAACGCCUUCAACAUGAGAUCACCGUUCCGCUCCUGGACUGCGCACACGCUCGUAUACGAUUCCCCAUACCCUACGACGAUAUUCUACGGGCGGCAAAAGGUGUUCGACGCGCAUGUUUCUAUGCCCUGCGCGACCAGUACACCCGCCUACAAUCUCCUACUUCUGCGCCUUUCCUCCCGCCUCCACGCUUCUCUGUAAAGUUCUGUCCCUUUGCGCUCCAGCUGAAGAAAGAUCAGCGAAGAGGGCAUCAGAGCAACAUCCAAGCGCGGAAAGUACGACCGCAUGACCGCUACGACGAACGAGAAAUAUGUCCCUACUGUAACGUCCACAUAUGCGUAUCCGCGCAUUCCGGCCUCCCAAACUAUCGACGCCUGCUCUUCCAAUCCCACGUCUCGCAACCGUCCGCAAAUAACAACGAAAGAGCGACGUUCGCCUGCAGCAGCUGCUACAAGACCUUCGACGAUUCCUACGCCUUCCUAGACCAUGUUUUCCAGAAAGAGAUCGGCAGCGAAAGGAGUUGUCUGAGGAGAUACAGUCUGCGCUUCAGCCUCAGCGACAUGAGUCUGCUCAGCGAUCCGGCGCUGAUGGAGAAGUGCUUGAGGAAUUGCCUGCACAGAGAGAUUACCAGGGCAAGAGCACUGAAGAAGAGCAAGGAGUUGGAGGCUUGA